GUACAACAUGUGCUUUUAAGUGCGCGAGAUUUGGGAUUAUCAAAUGUCCAGCAAAGUCGUUAAUCCGAAAACAAAAAGAAGUAGAUAUCCUCGAACAGUUGUCCAGAAGUUGAAGUCUGUCGGGCAAGCUAUUGAACCUAAUUUACCAGUAAAUGGUGUCUCGGGUGCUGAUAAACCAUCUUCAAACAAUGCAUACUGUCCUCAUUGGUCUCAUGAUGACCUAAUUUCGGGUGUCAGAAAUGGAACACUUCUAUCAGGUAACCUUCGUAUCAAUCCGAAAAACUUCGAAGAUGGAUACGUAAAGCACCCGGUAAAUGAAAUUAUUGAGUUUAUUAAAAUAUGAAGGCUGGUGAUGCUGAUGUAUAUAUCUCAACUUUAGCAUCCAGAAACCGAGCACUACCAAAUGAUAUCGUUGCUGUCAUGCUGGAACCAAAGCGCAACUGGAGGGUAUUUGAUUCUUUUAUUGAUGAAGCCACCAUGAGAGAAAUCGGGGAUUCAAAUCAGAAGAAGAAACUUAGAUAUGUUACUUUGGAACAGUUUCUUAAGAUUCAACCCAUGGGGUUAGAGCAACUCAUAGGAAGUUGUCUUGCAGAAGAGAUUGCACAGGAUCUAGAUUCACCUUCAGAUCCUAUUGGCUCCUCCUCAAUUGAGCAAGAUGUGCAAAGUCACAAAGCUUGGUGGGCGAUUAUACAAAGGACUGGCCAUGUUGUUGGAAUCCUUCAAUCGCUACAUUCCCGUGCUUUCAUAGGAAAUCUUCAAAUUCCUAGUAAUUUCCAAACUCCGAAAAAAGUAUCUCCGAAAGGUGAUCAGAAUAAUAACCAAUCAGAGGCUAUACGUACAGACCCAGUUCUUUCUAAUUGGAAGAAUGCUGUGCUCAUACCUACGGAUACACGCCUACCACGAGUCUUCAUACCUCGUGAAGCUUGUCCGGAAGGAUUCCUGAAAAAUCCCGAAACCUACAAAAACGUUCGUUUCAUUGGUCGCAUCACUGAAUGGUUUGAUUCGAAUAUGUUCCCGAAGGGGGAGUUGUUACGAGAAUUGUCUUGUGACUCUUCCACUCUGAUUCAGGAUGAAACGGAUAGGAUUUUAGUUGGCGCAGGAUUUAUUUGGGGUGUGGAGGCAGCUUUCCAGUUUCCUGAUAUUGUCACUGAAUCAGUUCGUAAGUCUGUUGAUGACGUGAAUGCUAUUCGUGAGAAGGAUUUUAUUUUCCGUAAAGAUUUUCGAAAAUAUUGUGUUUUUACGAUUGAUCCCAGUACCGCUAGAGAUCUUGAUGACGCUUUGCAUAUUAGACAGUUGGAACCGAGUGAAAUAGAAAAAUUAGAAUGCAGCGGUUAUCGAAACGCAUUUUACGAGGUUGGUGUACAUAUAGCUGAUGUUUCAUAUUUUGUGAAACCAGACAGUCCAGUUGAUAAGGAAGCGGCGUCCAGAGCAACUUCUAUAUAUCUAGUGCAACUGUGCGUGCCUAUGCUCCCACGUCUACUUUGUGAAGAACAAUGCAGUCUUAAUCCAGGAGAAGAUAAGUUAGCGUUUUCUGUGGUAUUCACUGUAACUGAGGAUGCCAAGAUUUUGACAACAUGGUUUGGUCGUACAUUUAUUCGUUCUUGUUGUAAACUCAGUUAUGAAGAUGCUCAGGAAUUUAUUGAUCACCCUGAUAGGGACUGGUCGUCCAAUGAAUUUGUCAAGGUAGAUCAACCAUAUACCGUAAUGGAUAUUUGUAAAAAUGUCUUGAAGUUAAACGAUCUGGCUACUAAAAUGCGUAAAAGUCGUUUUCACUCUGGAGCGCUUCGCUUAGAUCAGGUAAAGUCUACCUUUUCUCUUAAUAACGAAAAUGGACUACCAUUGGGUAUAGCCCCUUACAUUUCGAAGCAGAGUAAUUGGCUUAUUGAAGAAUGGAUGUUAGCAGCAAACAAAUCAAUUGCUGAACGCUUAGCUAAAUACUUACCCGACUCAGCUUUUUUGAGACGACAUCCACCACCAUCUGUAAAACAACUGACCGAAGUUUCGUCUAGUCUAAAUGUUGCUGGGAUAAAUAUUAAUAUUGAUUCUGCCGGUUCAAUACAGGAUUCAAUUUGCCGUGAAGCAGGUUGUAAUGUCGAAGUUGGAUAUCACUACUCAGAUGCCCUUGUCAAAUUGUGUGAUGAUUUUAUGUCCAAUGUUUUGAUUCAUGAUGGCGAUUUAAUAGAAGAAAUGCAAAAAGUGGACCUCAACUCAGUUGUUCAAAAGGAGAAGUUACUACUCAAAACUCUUGAACAUGAAGCACGACUUCUUGUUACAGUUGCUUUAUUGACUAAAACAAUGAAUUUGGCUGUCUACUUCUGUUUAGGUCUACUACCAUCCGAGUUAUCGCCCUCACAUUAUGCUUUAAAUAUGCAAUUGUACACACAUUUCACUUCUCCUAUUCGUCGUUACGCAGAUGUUAUUGUUCACCGGCAAUUGUCAGCUACUUUGGCGAAAGAAGAAAGUGAUCCUGAAAAAGCAGAUUGGUAUUUAAGUACAGCCUUUCCAAAAGAAAUGACGCCAGUCGAAUUGCAACAACAAGCUGAGGUUUGCAAUUCUAAAAAAUUGUCUGCCCGACUUGCUGGGGAAGAAAGUGCUGAAUUAUUCUUUGUUCUGUUUGUCAAGGAAACAGGUCCAUUUAACGAAGUAUGCGCUGUAACAUCUGUGCUCGAUCGUUCAUUUGACGUCCUUAUCCUUUCUUGUGGUCUCACUAAAAGAGUUUAUUUACAGAAUCUAAAUUUGAAAAGUUAUGAAUUUGUUCCUCCCAAAACCGCUAUGGGAAAAGUCGUGGAGAGUGGAAAACUCUGUCUUCUGUGGAAUAGUGAUGUAUUAGAAAAUUUUAAUAUAAAGGGUUCGGAUUCUGCAGAUUGUAUUCAAAAUAUUACUGUUGGUUCGAAAACUACAUUAUCAAGUUGUGGUUGCUUUUAUAUGGAAAUUAAAGUUUUUGAUGUUGUCCGGUGUCGCGUUUCAGUUGAUUCUUGCAGUUCAAUAGACGAUGCCAGUCAGUGUGGUCGUCAAAAUACCUUAUUGCCAAAAUUACUUGUUACACUACUACGGUCAACAUGUAAAGAAUGUCACGUUGUUUAAUUAACUAAAUAACUUUCAUUAAUGAAGAAUUGGACAAAUUGUACAAUGUUGUAAUAUAUGUAUAACUAAAUGCUACCUUUCUACAUUUGUGAAAAUAAUGUUUGUUUUUGUUUAUAGACAUCCUUUUGUUUACUACUAAGCUGUGAUGUUACGGUUAUACUAUUAGUAUAUUAUUAUUGUUAAAUAUAUUUUGUGGUUUAUAAGUUAGGUCCCUCAUCGACUUUGUAAAUUUGAAUUCUUGAAUGUUCUUCUAUUAAGUACAAGUAAAUAAGUAUAAAUAUGACAGGUUAGCUGGUUGAUAAAAUACUGUAGUGAAUAAUCGCUAGGUGAUUUCAAACUGAGUGCAGUGGGUUUGUAAAAAUGGCCAUACAUGUAGCAGUGGAACUAUCAAAGCUAUUAUCCCAUGCUUCAUAUGUCUCUCUGCAGCUGAUUAUUUUAAGGACUUUCAACCAGUAGUGCGCACUAUUAUAAAUACUUCAGCUAAACAGCCAAAGUGGCGUUACUAGAACUUGAGAAAUACGUGUGAUUCAUAGUUUAUUACUGACGUUUGUACUGGCUUGAGCAGUUUGGUAGUAAACUGUUAUCAGUUUAUAUAAGGUGUUUAGGUAGAUGCUUUCUGAAUUUAAAGUUUGUGUCUAGCUGUAAAACCAAAAUAUGCUUAAAAUCAAUACUUAUAUGGCUAAAUCUUGUCUCCACAUGAGUCAUUGCGUAUUCAUUUCAGGUUCGAUGUUGACUAUCACUGAUAUUUAAGUGUAAACUGUUUAUGUUUUCACAACCGGGUUACUUUUUGAUGAACCAACUAUAAUUUGUUAUUAUAAAUCUCUGAUAAUUUUAUAUAUCAUGAUUUCCUUUACCUAUGCCUCGUUUGAAUAAAUCAAUAGGGUAUUCUGUGCUUAAUACUGAGGCUUCCCCUUUUUAAAUCUUAUUGAAUAAUAUUAGCUGUCAUCAGAGGUUGUGUAGGGGUUGGUAUUAUGUCAAGCCCACGUAAGUUAUUCUAACCUCUGGACAGACAAUUCUGCUCAUUCUUCUCAAGUCACAUUCUUACCUUGUUACUUAUUCGCUUAUUAACUUUGUUUUUAUUUGAGUGUAUGUGUGUUGAUUACUUACCCUACUCAUUAUGUGUCUAAACUAUUUUUGUUUGACUAUAAAUAUCGAGUCACGCUUUAUUAGAACGAGUUGACUCACUCGCCUUAUCCACUGCGUGUCCUCACGUUGCGUUUCUCUUUCUCCGCUUCGUUUCUCUGAUCGUCUGUCUCGAUCAACGAUUGUAUAAAAUAUACAUAUUCGAAAUCUAUUCUUGUAUUUGACUUGUUUAGUCCUAUUAUUCACCAACGUGAUUUAAGUCGAUAAAAUUAUACACGAGGGUAUUCCGGAUUUAUAUUUCGAUAGUAAUCAUUCAUCCAAUUUAAUUGGAAUCCGGUAAAGGGUUACUAAAUUUGUUGAUGUAAUGAUAGUGCAAAUGAUUCGUUAGAAUUGUCAUCAAAACUAAAAACGCCAUAUGCCGUGGUACGGUCGAAAUUGGUAAGAACCAACUCUCCCUCUCAAAACGCUCUCACAUGACCACGCGUGUACAACCACUGCCAGGGAAGUCCUACUCAUUGUCUUCUCGCGGCAGGGAUAUUGUUUACGAAGUCGAGAAGACGAAAAUCUAAUUUUCGGGGCUUUAACUGGGUUGGUGGAUGUGGAGGACCCAUCUAGCGGAGUUGGGAAAAAUCCUGAUUCCAAAUCAAUAGUUCAUAUAUGCUCCAGAAUCCUGUGGGCAUAAAUGUCAUACGAACCUAUUGUUGGUCACCGGCUACUAUGGGACUGCAUCUCCUAACGUUGCUCCACUGCCUUAGACCUUUAGGUCAAUGGCUAGAGGAGUGAUCUCCUAAGAAAACCAUUUGCUCCAGUUUGGGAGCCCGGACAACAUCCCAGUUCUCACAGAAAUCAAGUGAUUUCUGAGGCUCAUAUCUAUUUGGUGCAUCCUUGUACCGAUGUUUAUGAGUUUAAAUAAAUGUUAAAAUGUCUUAUAUACGCGCGUAAAAGCGAAACUCGACGUAGCUAAUGCUGUAAUUUGUACUUUAGAAAUAUCUUGUAUUAUGUAGCACUGCAUAAGUUUUUUAACACUACAUUGGUGAUCACUUUUGUUCAUUAUGGGUGUUCUGAAAAUUCUGAUUGUUGAAUAAAAUGUUGCUUAUGACUUGUAAUAAUUUUUUAUUCACAUUGGCUAUUCAGUUAUAAUAGUCAUCUGCUUUUUCUGAAUAUAUUAAACAUGGUUGUUUUUUGACGAUGUUAAUUUUGUCCGACGUUUGGACUGAGCAAAAACAACAAGUUUUGUCAUUCAAAUUAUAAAUUUAUAUUCCAAUUCUUUCGCUUUCAUUUUCGAUGUACUUUAUACUCCUCAGAAUGACUUGAUAGUAUCAGUGUUAAUGCUCACUUAAUGAAAUAUAUACUUUUUUCAAGAUUCAAUUACUUUUUAUGUAACAUAUUAUUUGACAUGUUGAUAUCUUUUUUAUUUAUGAUUGUAUUGAAUGGGUUGAUAUAAUACAUUUUUCGUAUUUUCGAAUGUUAUAAAAUAUUUUUUUAUCAA